AUGAGGGCAACAUUUAUUUACCAGUUACAAGGUCGCUAUCUGCAGAAUCAGGGUAUAAUCUGGCCUCAAGUAAUCACUGGUGCAAUUGGGAAUGUUAUAAAUGCGCUCAUAAACUACAUCUUUUUGUAUGUGCUGGACCUGGGAGUGGCGGGCUCUGCGGGGGCCAACGUAAUAUCUCAGUUCAUUCUAAUGGUUCUUCUGUUUGGCUACAUCCACUGGAAGAAGCUACAUAAAGACACCUGGGCCGGCUGGACUACAGAAUGCCUGCAGGAAUGGGGGGACUUUGUGCGCCUGGCAAUCCCCAGCAUGCUCAUGCUCUGUAUAGAGUGGUGGACCUACGAGAUCGGAGGCUUCCUCGCAGGUCUGAUCAGCGAAGUGGAACUCGGGGCUCAGUCUGUCAUCUACGAGCUGUCUUUCAUUGCCUACAUGGUCCCUUUAGGCAUCAGCGUGGCGGCCAGUGUGCGCGUGGGAAACGCUCUGGGUGCUGGGAACACAGAAGAGGCCAAGACCACCAGCAAAGUGGCCAUGAUGGGUGCAGGUGUGUUUGUGGUGCCUUCGGCUAUAAUAAUUGCAUCUUUGAAGGACUUGGUCGGUUACAUCUUCACCACGGAAGUAGAGAUCAUUGACUUGGUUUCAAAAGUCAUGGUUCUGUUCGCUCCAUUACACCUCUUCGAUGGGCUUGUGGCUGUCUCCGGGGGUAUUGUGAGAGGAGUCGGCCGGCAGAAGUUCGGAGCCAUCUGUAAUUUGGUCGGAUACUAUGUAGUGGGGUUACCUGUAGGAGUCUCAUUAAUGUUCGCUAUGCAUAUGGGAAUCGUUGGUCUGUGGUCAGGCAUGCUAUUGUCCAUGGCUAUGCAGGCAGUCUCCUUCAAUAUCUUCAUUGUGAAACUGGACUGGAAGAAGGCCACACAGGAGGCCCUGGUCCGAGCUGGGGUGCAGACCCUGACAGACGGCAGAGAGAACGAGGUUCAUUUGAACCCGAUUGACAGUGCGAACUCCUCCCCAGACUCCAAGGCUCAGGAGGAGAUAGCAAUGGAGGACCUGAGUCCCAGCCACACUGAUACGGAGGGGCUGGGGGACAGCAGAGCGGAAGGGUCGAUGAGUCCGGUGGGGGGGGUCCUGUCCCUCAAGCAGCUGGUCCUGCGCAGGGGGCUGGCUGUGAUCGGGGGGCUCCUCAUCCUGGCCGCGGGGAUCUUCAUCAACGUUACUCUCACCGAGUUCACAUUGCACUCCAACAGCACGGUGUUGCCAGACACAGUCAGCAACACAACACACUUCUAGCACGACAAAGAAACUCCCUUUUAUUAACAGACUGCACACCCUGAAAAGAACAAAACUAUAGACAUCCUGCCUGGCGGAGGUAGAGCACAGAGAAGCUUUAGAACAGCCUCCCUCUGCUCUGUACUGGUGGCUCUUGUACUCUCUUAACAGCCUCCCUCUGCUUGUACUGGUGGCUCUUGUACACUCUUACCAGCUAAUAAAAUAAAGGAGUUUUGAGGAGUGGGGUACAAACAGAAACCAAUGUGUUC